AUGUCAUCCAGCACCGGCUUCCCCUCGCUGGCGAUGUGGCAUAUCAGGCAGGCCUACCGUGCCGGCAUGGCAUCCAUCAGCGGUGGAAAGACAACUGCAUCCUACAGCUACCAGCCACUUGACCUGGAAGCAUCACCAACCACUACAUCGCCACCACUAUCGUCGUCAACUUCAACGGCCACUGCCACUCGGCGAGGACCACGAACACUUCUCCAGACACGAUGGGGGAAACUCGUUUUGGGCGGCAGUCUGCUCGUUUUUAUGAUCCUUAUUGCGUCCACUACCAACGUGCCGUCUACCGUCCGCCAAUUAACCGGCGGUAGAAUCACCAACCCGGAUGUGCCACCAACACCACAGGCCUCAGACAAGCCCGCCCCCGAUUCGCCAGCUUGGCCCGACAAGCCGCCGACAGGUGUGGUUCCUGAUGAGACACCCGACACACCCGCAACGCCCGAGACCGACAAGACUCCAGCAACCUCCAACACUCCCCCGCCCGAGCCGCUCACACUUGAGUCGGCCCGCGCGUCCAUAUCCAAGCAGGAGUACAUUGACGCCGUCCUCCGAGACCCCGUCGAGGGGCUGCUGGAUGUCAGACCCAUCCGCAAAAUGUGCGACACCAUAAAGUUCCAAGAAGGCCUCGUCUGGCACUGCGAAAUGGUCAACGGCGGAAUCGGAAAUGUCGGCAACAUGUGGAUCAACUGUGUACGCUAUGCCAUGGAGGCCGGCGCCACGACCAUUAUCAUCCCGCGCAUUGGCGCCCGAUCCGAAGACAACUUGAGCCAAUUAGGUGACGACGAGCACAGCGUCGAGAUGGACACCCUGUAUGACGUCGACUAUUUCAUCACCGCCUGGAAGGAGGCCUGUCCCCAGAUGCGCGCCGUCCGCUCCGACAAGGAGGUCGCCAACCUGCCGCCCGUCGACAAGUCGCCCGCCAUGCGUGCCAAUGGCGUCGGCAAGUUGCCACGCAUGGGUGAGCUUAUCAUUGACGCCACAGGCUGGCGCGCGGCCUUUGAGGCCUGGCUGAACGAGAAAGUGCCCGCCAGCAAGACCAUGUCCUCCAAGACCCCGGUGCGCAUCCGUCAGCGCCUGGCUCUGUCCCACUGGAACCGCGAGAACCAACCCCACGACUUCGCCAUUGCCUUCCCCCGCGUCUUCCGCUUCCCCGAUCACCUCCGCCGCCUCGCUGCGGCCACCCUCUGGGCCAUGGAGAAGCAGACCGGGGUGCCGAUGGUCAGCGACGCCGUCCUGUUUCCCGAGUUCACCAUCGAUCCCUCCGACACGCUUGACGAUGCGUCGACCAUGGUUCCAUCGCUGGGUCGCAACCGCCUCGCGCCCCAGGGCUUCCUGGGCGUACACCUCCGCGUCGCUGCCGAUGCGGCCAAGGCCGGUUGGCCCGGAUACGAUACGCAGGCACCCGCCUACCUCGACGAGGCCCAACGCCACAACCUCUCGACCGUCUACCUCGCCACCGGCUCCAAGGAGCACCGCAACCGGUUCAUCGCCGACGCCAAAGGGCGCAACGUCCAUGUCGUGUCGAAAGAAGCACUGCUGGACAAGGACGAGCUGGAGGAGCUAGGCAAGCUGACGUGGGACCAACAGGCCGUUGUCGAUUUCGAGGUUCUGAUCCACAGUAGCCACUUUGCCGGGUUCGCGCGCAGCAGCUUCAGUUGGAUCGUGGCCAUCCGCCGGAGCAUCCUGCCGGAAGCGGGCAAGCCCGUGAUCCACAACCCGCUAAAUCUGCAGCACAGGGCAGUCGAAGACCGUGUCGGUCACCGGGGGGCGCACGUCAGGAGAGCCGAGGCGCCAGCGGCAGCAGAAGCGGAACCAGCUGUCGCCAUCGCGACCGCGCCCGCCACGCCGCCGGCUCCCGUCACACCCGCCAAAGAGGCAACGCCCGCCGUGCCUGCUACGCCCCCGAAGCAGGAGCCUGUCGUGGAAAAGUAUCGUGACGCUCUGAGCUUGGUGAUCGGUCGCUUUGAUGGCAUGACGAUCUGUGCUAUUUGGCCGUGA